CUUGUUCACCAGGGCCCCUGAUGGUGGGGAUGGACUUGGAGCAGACAGGAACCAGGUCGCGGGCGCCUGAGUACACCUGCCUGAGGUGGAGGAAUCCGCCGGGGGUCUAUGCAGGUGGAAAGCCUGACGUGAAGAGGCAGAGGGCGGAAGCAGGGAUGGCUGGAUCCGUGCUGGAUGGAUGGAUGAGCGUGAUGGAUGGAUGAGCUUGGUCAAACGGGCCAGGUCGGUAACAGUGGGGUCAGCGUAGUACAAGGCAGCAGGCAGAAGAAUAGUCAGGUCACUCGCCGGGGUCGGUACUAGUAGUUCGGAUCAGGUUUAGGAAUAUCCAGAAGAGAGGUCAAACUAGCCAGGGGUCAGAGCAGGAGAAGUCAGCAGAGGUCAGGUUCAGGCAAAG